UGUCCAGUUUCCAUCUCUGUCUGAUUUUGCUGUCUCAUUGCUGUGUCGUCUAUUAAACUCAGCCUCUCCACAGUGAUUGAGACAGAUGAUUGCAGCUUUACUCGUGUGGGAAGAUCUGAUCGGUGAGAAUUAAACAGGACAGACAUUGUGUGGAGGGAAACCCACACUUCACAGCAUCUCAGAACAGUCUUAGAACCCCAAUGGAUCAAACAAAGCCUCAUUCUCAGGCAUCCACAAUUGCAGUCUUUGUUGUCUGAAUGAGAGGACACAUUCUUCCAGAGGGAUGACCUCUCUUCUCCCUGCUGGCCCCGGCACUGCUGACACCAGCCCACCAGCCUCUCUCUCCAUCUCUUAUUGUCUUUUCUCUCUCAAAGGCCACCAGAAGGAUAUCUGACUGAUAAACAGAGUGUGUAAAUGACUCAGUCAAAGCAAAGAGAGAAAGAUGGAACAUAUGCUGAUAGAGUUACUCAGACACUGACUGCUGAGGGGUUGUGAUGAGAGAGGGCUAAACACCGAUAAGACAUGCCGAGAAGAAGGGACGUCCUGGCACUCUUUUUGAUUUUGUUACCGUGGACUUUAUUGAUCACAUUUUGGCACCAGCACGCUGGCAACUCCUUGAUUCCAGUUCAUAAAGAUAACAGAACUAGGGCCAGUAAAGCUCACCAAAGAGGCUUUCGAUUUUAUGAGUCCUGUGUCACGGAGAACAAGCGUGUCGCUAAGGCCAACCAGAUGAGGCACAUCCACCAGCGACCUCCACCCUGGUCUGACACAUUGCCAACUCUUCACAUAAUAACGCCAACCUACAGUAGACCCGUCCAGAAGGCAGAGUUGACCCGCCUCACUAACACCUUCCUACACGUCCCCAACCUUCACUGGCUGGUGGUGGAGGACUCCGCGCAGAAGACGGCGCUGAUGUCCAGACUGCUGGAGAACACGGGACUGAAUUACACUCACUUGAAUGUAAAGACACCUGAGAAUCUCCAGACACAAAAGAAGCCCAGAAAUGCACGUAUCCCACGAGGCACCAUGCAGAGGAACCUGGCUCUCCGCUGGCUUAGGGAGAACAUCAACCCAAACUCCAGUCAUAAAGGAGUCGUGUAUUUUGCAGAUGAUGACAAUACUUACAGCUUGGAGCUGUUCGAGGAGAUGCGCUGGACUCAUAAAGUGUCAGUAUGGCCGGUCGCCUUCGUCGGAGGUCUCCGAUACGAAUCGCCCAAAAUCAACUCUCAAGGCAAAGUGUUCGGCUGGAGGACGGUGUUUGACCCUCGUCGACCUUUCGCCAUCGACAUGGCUGGGUUUGCCGUGAACCUUCAGCUCAUCCUCCGCAAACCUCAAGCCUACUUUAAGUUAAAAGGGGUAAAAGGUGGAUACCAGGAAAGUAGUCUGCUACAAGAUCUGGUCACCCUCAGUGACCUGGAACCCAAAGCCGCUAACUGCACAAAGAUACUGGUUUGGCACACCCGGACAGAAAGACCCUUGCUUGUGAAUGAAGGAAAAAAGGGAUUCACGAAUGGCAGCAUGGAAUGUUAGCACAAAAGGAAAACAACACAAUAACGCUGGAUCUACAGUUAAUGCACUCAUGUUAACAAUUGGCUGCCUGUGAAAAUUACUGAAAGAAAAAUCAGUAACUUCGUAUUGCCUACAUGGCCAGUGCAACAUUUACGUUUUCAUAUAACAAUAAACAAAAUAUUGCACUAUUAUGACCAAUUUCAGCCAGUAAACAGCAUGAGACAAUCAAAAACAUAAAUCUACCUUGUGUCUUGCUAACAAAUGAAGCUCUCAUUCAAACACACACCCUUAACUCAUUUAUAAUAAUAUAAUCUCAACAUGCUCAAACAUUUUCCAUUUGAACUCAAAAUUACAUAGUACCCAGCAAGACUGCACUUUUUCAUGAAAAAGUUGAAUGUUUAAACAUUUUAGAUAAUAUAAUGGAAUGCAAAGCCAUGCUUUUAAAAGGGUCAUAUGAUGUUGCUAAAAAGAACAUUAUUUUGUGUAUUUGGUGUAAUGCAAUGUGUUUAUGCAAUUUAAGGUUAAAAAAAAAUACAUUAUUUUCCACAUAAUGUACAUUAUUGUAUCUCCUCUAUGCCCUGCGUUUCUGAAACGCAUACAAUUUUACAAAGUUCAUUUUGUAAAUGAACUCAAAGCGAGGUGUGCUCUGACUGGCCAGUGCGUUGUGAUUGGCUAAAUACCUCAAGCGUGUGACAGAAAUGUUACGUCCUUUGCCAUACUGUGAUGUAUGUCCAAGACAAUAACAAUAAAACCCAUUACAAACUAGGCAUUUGUUUUAUCCAGUGGGGACAUAAUUACGG